AUGGAUAACGAUAUCCACAAUGUGGAUAAGGAUGUUCACAACAUGGAUAACGAUAUCCACGAUGUGGAUAAAGAUAUCCACAAUAUGGAUAACGAUAUCCACGAUGUGGAUAAAGAUAUCCACGAUGUGGAUAAAGAUAUCCACAAUUUGAAUAAAGAUAUCUACGAUGUAGAUAAAGAUAUCUACGAUGUGGAUAAGGGUAUCCACAACAAAGAUAACGAUAUCCACAAUGUGAAUAAGGAUGUCCACAACAUGGAUAACGAUAUCCACGAUGUGGACAAAGAUAUCCACGAUGUGGAUGAAGAUAUUCACGAUGUGGAUAAAGAUAUCCACGAUGUGGAUAAAGAUAUCCACGGAGUGGAUAAAUAUCGUGGAUAUCUUUAUGCACGAUAUGGAUAA